CCAUUCGAUCCAAGAUUCUGCCAGCAAUCCAAUCCCAAUCAUAUUUCAAUUAUUGAUUCAUAAUUUCCAUGAUCUCGAUCUCGGAUCGCCAUCCAAAUUUGCAAUAAAAUCCCACACAAAAAAAAAAUAUAUUCAUUUGAAUCUUCUUGUUACAUUCUAUUAUUUUCAUAUUUCCCCCUAUUCCAUUCAAUCUUUUGUUCAUUUCAAACAACAGAUUGAAUACGAAAUCCGGGGGAAAGGGAAAAAAAACACGAUGGAAACACCUACAACAACCACCGUCGUUGAUCAACUUUCCCCUAAACAUAACAACCUAAAAUCCUCUUCGUUUUGUCUUAGAUCACCCUCGUUGAACUCUGUCCGCCUUCGUAGGAUUUUUGACAUGUUUGAUACCAACCAUGAUGAAUUGAUCACGGUUGAUGAACUAAGUCGCGCGUUGAUCCUUUUAGGACUUGAUGCGAAUAUGAAUGAAUUGGAUUCUAUUAUCAAGACUUUCAUUCAACCUGGCAAUACCGGGCUUACAUUUGAUGAUUUCCAAUCUUUGCAUAAGGAGAUUGAUGAUCUAUUUUUUCGGUUGGGUGAUAGCGACGAUUUAGGUAAUCAAGAUGGAGACAAAGAUGAGGUUGCGGAUAGUGAUGUCAAGCAAGAGGAGACCGAUUUAACCGAGGCAUUUAAGGUGUUUGACGAAGACGGGGAUGGAUACAUAUCGGCCACAGAGCUACAAACCGUGCUUGUUAAGUUAGGAUUCGCGGAAGGAAAUGAAAUGAGGAGAGUCGAGAUGAUGAUUUCAUCUGUCGAUAGAAAUCACGACGGGCUUGUUGAUUCUCGGAGUUUAAGGAAAUGA